AUGAGGGCAGUUACAAGGAAUAAAGUAGUCAACAAUCUGUAUUUUUCCACGUUUCUUAUUGCAUUUGCAUCCGUGGCAAUAGGUUCUGUGUUGCCAUGUCCAGCACAUUCUGUGGACUCUGAUUCGCCGGCUGCAGAGCAGCAUAAGCUUCAGAUGGCUCAUGAGCAAGAGAUAAAAAGAAAGGAUGCCCUAAAGAAGGAGAUCUAA